UUUUAAAUUUCUUAUUGCAUUGCUAUUCUUACAGGUUUAAUAAAUAAUAAAAAACAGUUUAUUAAAUAUAAAAAAAAGUAAUUAAUAUCUCUUACUAUCUAGUACUCUUAAUUUAGUACUUGUUUUUUAAAUUGAGGAUGGCUGUUCCAUCGCCUAAAUCGCCAGAACCAUCUGAACGAAGUCGUAAAUAUGAUCGACAACUCAGGUAAUUUUUAUUAUUAACUAGGUAGAUACAUAACAGUUUAAAAAGUAAUUAUCUUAAAAUUGUAUUAUUUAAACUACCUAGUUGAUAUUAUAAGUUUAAACUUCUAACUUUAAUAGUUAUAAGUAUAUCUACUAUAUAGGAAAUACUGAAUUUGCUCUUUAUAAAUACUUCUUGUGAAGUUAUAAACUUGAUUUAUAGUUUAUACUACCAUUACUACCUAUGCUUAAUAAAUACAAUUUAAUAUAUUAAUAACAUAUACAAGGCAAAUUGGGUGUAUUAUCAUUUUGAUAAAUUGUAUAAUAAAAAAUAGUUUUUUUUUUCUAUCGUAUAUACUAUUUUUAAGAAAAAGGAUAGAUAUUUUAAUAAUUCAACAAAUUUAAUUUUAGACUAUGGGGUGAUCAAGGUCAGCAAGAUUUAGAAACAGCGCAUGUAUGUUUAAUUAAUGCUACUGCAUUAGGAACAGAAAUAUUAAAAUCAUUAGUCUUACCUGGUAUUGGCGCAUUUACUAUAAUCGACACUGAAAUUAUAACUGAAGAUGAUGUAGGUUCAAAGUAAGUAUUUUAGUUAUAAAAUUAAUAUUAUUAGGUUAAAAUGUUGAUUACUAAAUUUUUCUAGUUUCUUCCUUACUGCUGAUAGAAUAGGAGAAAAAAGAGGAUCAGUGGCUUCACAACUACUUUGUGAGCUUAAUCCAGAUACAAGAGGUCACUUUGUUGAUGAAUCUUUACUAAAAUUACUAGAUCUAAAUCCAAUCAUGUUUAAUAAAUUUACUGUAGUUGUCACUGCAUCUCUACAUGAAAAGUAAAAAUCUAAUAAAUAAAUAAAUAGAUAAAUAUAUAUAGAGAUCAAGCAAAAUAUUAUACUUUUUUUUUUCUAGAGAAAUAAUUGAAUUGUCUCAUAAACUAUGGGAGUUCAAUAUUCCACUGUUAGUAUGUCAAAGUUUUGGAUUUUUUGGUUCUAUGAGACUACAACUAGCUGAACAUACUAUGAUCAAAACUCACCCUGACAAUCAAAAUCCUGAUCUACGAUUAGAUUGUCCAUUUCAAGCACUCAAAGAUCAUUUUGAUAGUUAUGAUCUAGAAGCUCUUGAUCUUACAAACCAUUUGCAUGUUCCUUAUCUAGUAAUAUUAUAUAAACAUUUAGAAAAAUGGCGUAAAAAUAUAGACGACAACAAUGCAUUGCCAGAGACGUAUAAGGAUAAACAAAUUAUUCGACAAAACAUAAAAAACAGUUAGUGUUUAAAUUUUUUCAAAAGUAUUUAAUGCAAUUAUAAUUAAUCAAUUUCGAGAUUAAACCUAAAAUUAAGCAAAAUGUAUUAUAAUAAUUAAUGUUUACUGUUUAGUGAUAUAUACCCAUGUAUAUAUAUUUUUAUAAUUAGUCAUUGAAACUAUUUAUUUGUUUUGACUGAAUUUUUUCUAAACUAUCUCCAUGAAUUUAAUUUUAUAAUAAAUACAAUAUAGAUAACUAGCUGUAUUACCCAGCUUUGCCUUUACGCAGCUUUGAACAAAAAUGUAAAAAGUACCUAAUAUAUUUAAUUUAAUUAAUUGUAUUAACACAUUUCUCAUGCAUAUAAAAUCCAGUAUUUGGAAUAAUUUCACUAUAAUAAAUAAAGAUAAGGAUUUAUCACACAUGUACAUUUCUCACGUAUAAUAAACAUAAGUAUAUUUCAAACAUAAAAAUGGAUUACAGAUUACUAAAGUUUCUAAUAAUAUAAAGUUCAUCUUGACAGCUUUUAAAAAAAAAUUACUAAAAAUUUCAAAUGUGUCAGAAACUUAUAGAACAUCUAAAUACAUUGGAGCUCCUACUCCCCCUGACCAACAAUUGGAAAAAAAAUAUAGGGUAAUAUGAUAAGCUAGUGUCAUCAGAAACAUGGAACAUAAAAAAGCCAUGUUCUUUUAUAUAUAUAUAAGGAUAAUACACUUUCUAUAUAAUUUGAUUAAAUGUUGAUGGAAUUAAAAUAUCACUUAAACUAUUUAAAAUUCUUUGUUUUAAAAUCUAAUGAAUAAAAUAUACUUUAGGUAUAAGAAAACAUGAUAAUGGUACUUUGCAUCAUGAAGAGAAUUUUGAAGAAGCUAUUAGAUCAGUCAAUUUUGCAUAUAAUCGAACAUUGUUGCCAACCGAUAUACAGGGAAUAUUUAAAGAUGAAAAAUUGUUAAAUUUAACAUCCUAUGUAAGUAAAAUAUAUUUUUAAAAUCUACAACAAUAUUAUUUAACUAUAAACUUAUUUAGAGUCGACCAUUUUGGAUAAUGGUGAAAGCACUUAAAGAUUUUGUGGAAAAUGAAGGAUGCGGCCGACUCCCACUACGUGGAACAUUACCAGAUAUGACAGCUGACACCUUUAAGUACAUAAGUUUACAGCAGUUGUAAGUUUAUAUAGUUAAACAUUAAUUUGUUUUAUGAACUGUAACAAUAUAUGUAAAUAAUUAUUUUCAGAUAUCAUGAGCAAGCCAUCAAAGAUGUGGAAAUAGUUUAUAAUCGUGUUCAACAGCUCCUUCAGAACUUAAACCUUCCAGAUGAUACAAUCAGUGAACAUGAUGUUAAAGUAUUUUGUAAACAUGCUUCUGAAUUAUGUGUCAUUAGAGGUACACGAAUAGCUGAUGAAUAUGAACAUAAAGGAAAUACUGACAAUGAAAUAUGUGAGUGAAGUAAUAAUGAAUUAAUUUAAAAUGAAUUGGAUAUAUUUAUAAUUGUUUGAUUUAUGGUUUACCAUUAAUUGUAAUUUAGGUCAAAGUCUUGAAGAUCCAGAUAGUUUGAUUGAACAUUAUGUUAUUUUGCGUGGAAUCGAGAGAUUUUAUUCAGAAUAUUACACAUACCCAGGUGAAAUUGAUGAACAAGUAGAACCCGAUAUUCCAAAACUAAAGGUAUAUACUCGUACAGUAUGUACGAUUGUUAUAUAAAAUAAGACCUUUAUAUGUUCUUUAGUACUACUUUUUUUAACAUAUUUUAGUCAUGUAUAUCAAAAUUGUUAAAUGAAUGGGGUUGUAUGUCUUCAACAAAAGAAGAUUGUAUUCAUGAAUACUGUCGUUAUGGCAAUUCUGAGUUACAUAGUGUAUCAUCGUUUAUUGGUAAGAUAUUUUUAAUAUUUAAAUACAAUAAGUAUACAUUAAUUUAAUUUGCAGGUGGUUGUGUAUCCCAUGAGAUAAUAAAACUUAUCACACAGCAAUACAAACCAGUCAACAACUCAUUUGUAUAUAAUGCUAUUAACUGCAGUACAGAAUGUUUUACACUCUAAUGAAAAACAUACAAUACAAUUAUUAUAGUUAGUGAUUAUGAUAAAAAUGUUAUUUCUUUUUUACUUAAAAAUAUUAUUUAUGUUACCGUUCAAUUAAUAUGAUUUUUUACUUCAUUUAAUAAUUAUGUAAAUAUUUAAUUCUAUUAAUUUAAAAUAAUAUGCUAAUAAUAACAUUACAUUUUGUUUGUGUAUAUAUUUAAUUUAUAAGUAGACUUAUUUAAUUUUUUAUAAAUGAUAUCUAAACAGGCUAAAACCAGUUUCAUGUACAUGGUUCUUAAUCCAUACAUAAAUGAUUGUAUGCUUUAUGUGUUAUACAUAUAACUUUAGAUUUUUUGAUACAUUGUAAGGAUAUAAAAUAAUUAUUUUAUUUUAUUAUUUAAUAUCAUUGUCCAUUAUUUUGAAAAUAGUCUAAUGUUUGUGAAAUACAAAUUAUUUUUAUCAAAGAAAAACAAUACUGAUGGAUAGUUCUAUUAAUAUUGUAAUAAAUAUAUCUUUAAACAAGUGACAACUAGGGGUGACUAUUUUUUUUAUAUAUUUAUUCAUUUCAAUAUAUUAUAUACCGGUAUGAGCUGGUAUAUCGAAAAUACCGA